CAAGGAACCCAGCAGAGCCGCCAGCUUCCUCAGGACCCACCGCUUACGACUUCACCAAAUUUUGACAUCCUGGAUUGGCAUCCAGCAUAUGAAUCUUGCCAGCGUUAUUUCCUUGACCACGCACAGCAUGAAGCUGGUACUCAGGCAUUAUGCGCGUUGAUCAACAUCCGACUACCUUACCAAUGGCCUCAAAAUCCUGUCAUGUCAUCAAAUCCACCCCCAAGCUCAGGAGCAAGCUCUGGCAGCGGAGGCCCAUCAUUCAACUUUAAUCAAUGGUCACGACCAAACUCUUCAGCCAACGGUCGUAGUCCACAGCAAGCGACCGCUUUUGUAUCUCUAGUUCCUUACAUUCGACGUCUAGUCAUCACUGGAUUUGACAAGCCGGGAAUCUUACAUGGCUUCUUCGGCGAUGCGUACCAAGCGGGCAUCACACCCAUGCAAGACUGCGAACGUCGCAACUAUCUCUUUGCCGCCAAGCACGGCGGUUGGCGGACCUGCAAGAAGCAAUACGAUAUGAAUCCUGAAGAAACGGUCCCUUUCUUGAAGCCGUUGCAGAGCAUUCGUGACGAAGAAUUGGAGGCUGCGGAGAAGAGUUGGAGUUCUUGGUUGGCUAUGGAGGAUUGGAUGAUCGGUCCUCGUGCGCCUGAUGAGGAGAAUGGGCAAGACCAGUCAAACCAACGAUCG